GCGACCCAACAGUCAUAAAUCAACUCUCAUCGAGACUUCGAAACACUGAUAUCAUCGUGAAGAUGAUGAAAAUUGUGAUCCUGUUCGUUCUUGUGGCUACCGCUGUUGUGGCCCCGAGUUCCAUCCUGAAUAAGCUAAGCCCCGUGAGCCGUAUCAUAGGUGGAAAGAAUGUGACCAUCGAUGAAGUACCCUACCAGGUAUCUAUCCAGCUGAACGGCUCUAACAUCUGCGGUGGUUCCAUCAUAUCCGAGAACUGGAUCUUGACCGCUGCUCACUGCAUGGAAUACCCAAUAUCUUGGUAUACAAUUCGCGCUGGAUCAUCUCUGUCCACCAGUGGCGGUAGCGUCAUCUCCUUUGCCUCUUACAUGAUCCACGAGAAUUACUCAUUGAAUAGCGAGUAUGGAUUCGGCAUCGACGACAUUGCUCUGGUCGAGUUGAAGGAAAAUCUCACCCUGGACUCCACCUGCGCCAGUAUUUCUCUAUACGAACAGGACGAAGAAGCCGUUGCUGGUGCUCAGGCUGUCGUCAGCGGAUGGGGUUCCCUCACUGAAGGAGGCCACUCUCAACCCUUCCUCCAGGCUGUGAAUGUCUCAAUCAUCUCCAAGUCUGACUGCAACGCCUCCUACAUCACCUGGGGAGGACUUCCUUACGGCGAAAUCUGCGCCGGGUAUCCUGAGGGAGGCCGCGACGCUUGCACAGGUGACUCUGGUGGCCCUUUGACUAUCGAUGGUGUUCUGGCAGGUAUCGUUACCUGGGGUAACGGAUGUGCCGAGGCGGGAUGGCCCGGUGUUUACACCGAGGUUGCUUACUACCGCGACUGGAUCACUAAGAACUCUGGAGUCUGAGGAGCAGACUCUCA